AAAUUCUCAUAGUCCCUAACUUCUCCUUUCGUUCGUGGUUACUUUUGCUUCAUAACUUUUGCUAUAAUCGGAUUUGAUCUUGAUUCAAAACAAAAAGAUGAUUUGCGGUUACUUCAAACCCAAGUUCUACAAGAAAUGCAAACAUUUGAUCAAGUUCAUCAAGAUUCGGCUCAACUUACAGAGGAAAAGGCAGAACGCUAUGGUUAACUUCUUGAAGACAGAUAUCGUGGAGAUUCUCAAAACCGGCCAUGAACAUGAUGAAAGAGUUUAUGAAAAAGUAGAAGAAAUACUUGAAUACCGUCAAAUAAUCGCAUCUUAUGAUCUAAUUGAGAGAUUUUGUGACUGCAUCUCUUCCAAUCUCACGUUAAUGCUAAAUCAAAUGGAAUGUCCUGAAGAAUGCAGAGAAGCUAUAUACUCUCUUAUAUAUGCAGCAGCACGGGUUCGAGAAGUUCCUGAGCUGAAAGAUCUUAGAGAUUUGUUUGCGCGUAGAUAUGGAGAAUCCAUUUACGCCUAUGUAAAUCAAGAGCUUGUUGAGAAAUUUGUAUGGCGAAAACCUUCAAGGGAAGUUAGCGUUCAGACAAUGCGAGAGAUCGCUCAAGAGGCUAAGAUCAGUUGGGAUUCAUUGUCCAAAGGCACUUUAAGUUCUAGUUCAAGCUCGAGUUCGAGUUCAAGAAGAAGACGAUCAGUGAAGAAGAUUUUUCCUUACGGAUCAAUCUCUUCUCCUUGCACGAAACAAGGAGCACAAAACGAUGAAGAAGGCCACGACGAGAAGAAAGGGAAGAGUAUUGUUCAAGAAAAGUCGAGGUUACGUGGGCCACAAGGCAGUGCGAGUCUCACAAGCACAAGCACAAGCACAAGCAUUAACGAAGUUUCCACGACAAAAGAUUACAAGAGACAGAAGAUUCUUGAUUACGAUGAAGUGGUGGCUCGUCUAGCAGAUCUUCGCCGGAGAUAAAAAGAUAGUUAAUUAGUAUAGUUAAUUUGUUUAUUAUGUGUGAGCGAUAAUUUUAAGCAGAAUCAUUUUAUUUUUAAUUAUUUUUAAUGUUGGGAAGGCACUGGGGGGACCCAGUGUAGAACACUUUGUAGAACCAAGCCUUACGACAUUUCUUUGUCCAAUUACUUUUGAGGCAAAAAAAGAAGAGAAAAAUUAGAGCUGGAAAACGAUGUU